AUGCAUCCACCUGUCCUCGAGCGAGCGCUUACGGUGCUGAUGAUGGUUGCCUUCGUUCGGUUUCCGCUGCAUUCGGUUGCGAUCCUAGACUUUAAUUUUGACGAUGACCCUAAAUCCGACUACCAAUUGUGCUGCAUGGUGGAGCACUCUUUCCCACGGGAACCGUUCGACGCGUGUUACGCCAAGCACCAAACGCCCGAGAUGGAAAACGACACGGUCAUUUGUCUCGAACAGUGCUACUACGAAGCGAUCGGGAUGUUCACCGACGGUGGUAAGCUGCAGGCGGAUAAAUAUCGCGCCUACAGAGAUUCGCUUGAACCCGCCCUACAAAAGCCCUUCACGCACGCAAUGACGUUUUGUGCUGCGUUCAUCUCGAAAGCCCUCCGUUUGUUGGGCAACCGCGUGAAGCAGUUCAAGUGCAGCCCGGUACCAUAUUUCUACAACCGGUGCCUGUCGGAGGUCGAUGUCGUCAACUGCCCGAAAGAUCGCUGGAUGAACUCUUCAAUGUGUGACAAAUUGAUCGAAGUAAUGAAACAGAAGUAUGGCAAGGGGGUGCAAAUGAAGGCCGUCAACACUCGAGAAGGUAACACCAUGAAGGGAUUGGAUUGCCUUUCGAAUGAAAGUGAUUCCACCGUGGUUGAAGUGACACUCGAGUACUAUUACUAG